AUGGCGCCUGAGGGGACCCCAAUCUUCCGGGCUGUGGCUACCUCUACAAGACCGUUGUAUCAGCUGCUUCGGUGUAUUAACUUUUCUCCGAGAGUCCAUGUCCAGAUCACUGAGGAAGGCAUUCGAUUUGCUGCUGACCAUUCGAGGGUAAUGCAAGGCGUUGCCUUUCUCGACAAAGCAUUGUUUUCAGCGUAUAGCCUCAAUCUACCUCAGACCAACGAGGAAGAAGCAGCCGAUCUGCCCAAUUUCCAAAUCUCAUUGGCGUCAUUUCUUGAGGUCCUUCAAAUCUUUGGGGCUGUGGAUGUUGCGACUCGGGCACAGAAGGCAGAGCAAGACCCAUAUCGGAGUAACCUCAGAAAUUACAGGCCAGACGCAUUCAGUAAUCAAGCGCUGGGAAUAUCUGGCACCUGUACAUUACUCUACGGCGAAGCAGGAGAUGCAUUUCAGGUCACAAUCGAAGAAGCGGGAGUGAAGACGACGGCUGGAUUGACGACGUAUGUACCGGAAUUGCCAGACGAUAUUCCAUUCAAUCGGGAGGAGGUGGCGUUCAAAAUAAUCAUGCCAUCACGGUCUUUACUGGAUUCUUUGGCAGAAGUAUCUCCCAUAGCCCCCGAAAAGCUUGCUAUCAUCGCGUCCAAGGUGUCGCCCUUUUUGUCACUUGCGGGCAGUGGCGACUUGGGAAGUUCAGCCGUGGAUUUUGCUAGGGGCAGAGACCUCCUGGAGACGUUCACAAUUACCGACCGCUGGGCUCAGACAUACAAGUUCGACUUGAUCAGAAAUUCAACCGAGGCCAUGCGCAUCGCGAACAAAGUCAGCCUCCGAGGUGACGCUCAAGGCGUUUUGAGUCUUCAGUUCAUGGUGGAGAUGGAAGGCGGGAAGCGAAGUUUUCUGGAUUUUCGGUUCGUUCCAUUUGUCAUAUACGACAAGGAGGAUGAGGACGAGGGCGAGGGCGAGGGCGAGACAGGUAUUGGGUUUGAAGAAAAUUAG